UUUAGAUCCCGCACGCUACGAAGAUGUCGAGAAGAGGCGCAGAGGGCCAGCUUUUUGUCGGCCGUCUGAGUAAAUCAACUAGAACCAGAGACUUAGAGGACAUAUUUGAGCGAUAUGGUCAUCUCGCGCGGUGCGAAAUUAAGUAUGGUGCUGAAAUGGCCUAUGCUUUUGUGGAUUAUGAAGAUCGCCGCGAUGCAGAGGAUGCAGUAAAGUAUGAAAAUGGCAGAGAAAUAUGUGGCUCCGCUAUUAUUGUGGAGUGGGCUAAAGGGAAUCCAAGGAGACCUCUGUUGCAAACUUAUGAUGAGUGCUACCGCUGUCAUCGAGCGGGUCACUGGGCAAGGGACUGUCCUAAUGACAGCCACUAUGGUUACAGGAGACCAAGCCGCACUGGGCGGUACAGAUCACCAUCCCCUUACUCAAGGAAGAGGAGAAGGUCCAGGUCCCGAUCCCGAUCAAGGGAGCGUAAGCGCAGAACACGCACUAGAAGUCGAAGCAGAACGCGUCGGGAUCGAUCACGCAGCCGUGACCGACGCAGAUCUCGUAGCCCUGAGGAAAGUAAGAAGAAGGCCUCCCGCAGCAGAGAAAAGUCAAGAAGUGUGUCCAAAUCGCGAAGCCGAUCAAAGUCCAAAUCUAAGUCACCAAGUCGAUCCAGAAGUAGGUCUGCCAGCAAUCCUCCAUCAGAGAGAUCACAUGACGGCUCCGAGAAACUGAAUGGAGAUGAGGAUAAUCAUGAUGAUGCGUCACCAGCACGGUCUGCAUCCCGGAGUCGCAGUCGAAGUCGAAGUCGUUCUGGUAGUCCCUCGUGAAUGGUUGAAAGUGAAUACCACAUUAAUGUUCAGUUUAGCAUCAUAGAGGUUUAACUCGACUUCUGUAUACAGUGGGUGUGUUUGUACAAAGUUUGUCUCCCAUCAUUACCUGGUGGUGGUGUUGUUGUACAUGGUCUCUUUAAAAAAAAGCUUCCUGCCUCUAGUGAAAACUCAUUUUAUUGCAGGAUUCAUUGUCAUUUGAGCACUGUGUUUGUAAUGGUCAACACACUGAGCUAACUUAACAGCUGUCGAAUGGAUCUCAGAAAACGUAUUUGUAAAAUAUGCUUCUCAGCUAAUUGUAUUCUGCUGUCACAAAAAGGAGUAAAACUUCCGCAGUUAUUUAACUAUCUGGUAUUUUGCAUAGCUUUAGUUGACGUAUGGUCAAAUAAUAAUACGGUAAUGGUAAGUUUGGUGCUUUGUUUAUGUCAUACUUUAAUUUUCAUAUUGUCAUCGAUUAAGAAUUGGAUCUGUCUAA